UUUAAAACAAUAAGAAAUGGGGAGUGCAUGUAGCUCAAAUAAGAAAAGAGUAAAGAAACCAAAACUUAAAAAGGCUAAAGAGGAUGCAAACUCAAUCAGAGAUUACAGUAAAUCUAAGGAUUUCGAAGAACAAAAGCAGAUCUCCCUAGCACAAGAAGUGGAUGACACUGGAGAUAAACCUGCAGAAAGCAGUACCCCUCCACAAAUUAAUGAAAAGCCAAAGAAGAAGAAACACAAAAAGAAUAAAAAGAAUAAAAAAGAGAAAAAAGAGAAAAAGUCAAAAAAUUCCAAAAAGAAAGAAAAUCCUCCUUCAGCUUCUUCUUCAGUUAUAGAAGAAUCGUCAAUGCUGGAAAUACCGAUAGAAAACAGUAACAGCAUUGAACAAGAUGUUGCAAUCACAGGAAAAGUCAGGUCAAUGAACAUUCUCCCCAGCAGGAACAAGAUCAAAAGAGAGCAGUCAUCAAGCAGCUCCAGUGAAAGCGGUGAAGUUAUAGAAGAUGACUCUGAAAUGCAUCCUAAUAAAAUUAAACCAACAGAAGAGAUAAAGAAGAGAGGAAGGAGUGCUAUUAAAUCAGGCUCUGUGAAGAAAUCUCAACCAAAAUCAAACUCGAUAAUACAACUCAUAGAAAAAGCAAAUUCUGAGAAUUAUGAAGCUGUGAUAGAUAAUCUGAACAAAAACCAAUAUUCAUUAAAAACAGGCUUAAUGAUACCAAUGGAAGAAUUUGUUCGAAGAAAUCCUGAAAAAGAACAUAGAGCAGCUACUUACUUAGAUUACUCAGCUGAAGACGAGCUUUAUGGGGUAUUUAAAGCCUUAGAAACCAAACAGUGGAAACUCUUCAAGUAUGUAUUUGAGAAGAAAGGAUCUAUCUGGAAUGAAAAGCACUUAAUUCCAAUCAUCAAGUAUUUGAUUGAUAUUGAUUGGGAUGAAGGACUUUAUGAGCUUUUCAAACUCAAUAGAACAAAAGAGAUGUACCUUUCAAUGUACUGAAAUGAAAGGAAACUGUUUUAUGAUGCUCUCAAAGAUAUAUGAGAAGACCUCGUAAAUGAAAUCAGCUCAAGUAAUGUGCUGCUCUACCAAUUAAUGGAAGGGCUAGUACUAAAGCCGUAUUCUACUCUGACUUUCAUACACUUAUUCCGCUACAUACAUAUCAGUGGGACCAAGAUACAAGCAAAGGAUGUAGACCCUCAUGCGUGAGCAGAUGACAUCUAUCUCAUGUUUGUUAAAAAUAACAAUGCUUUUGAGCUAGCCAAAAGUUUUGAUGAAGCAUGUGAAGGAGACAUUGAAGAGAAAAAGAAGUAUAAACAUAUUCUUACUAAACUGAUCGAUUAUUCCUUCGUAGUUAUGCCAUCUGCCAUCCCCAUCAGCAGGAUCUGGAGAAGCAUCAAGAUAGGUUCAGAAGAUGACUUUGAGAGAUGAUGACAGGAAGCAAAAGCAAGCUGGCCAUUCCUUCUGACUCUCAGAAAAUCCAAUGCAACUCCUGAGUUUAAACCACCUCUCUCGGAUGAUAGAGUUAAGGACCUUUUUGUUAACAAGUGGAAGCCUGUACAUCUCAUGAUAUACUUUGCCAGAAAUAAAAUGAUCGAGCAAAUCUUGUGCUUUGCAGGGAGGUCCCUUAGAAAAGCUAUGACCAUCGAAAAUAAAUAAAGAAAUGACAGUUGAUGAAUACUUCCCUCUCAUGUUGGCUAUUAAAUUACAAAACAGGGAUACUUUUAAAGGCCUGUGGAACCUUGCUCAUCAAUGGUCAGUCAUGCAUUUAUAUCAAGUAAUGAGAGACUUGAAGCUGCCUUCUAUGUAUUCAGGAGACAUCUUUGAGGUUAUACUUACUGACAAAACUACUCAGGAUAUUCUUAACUUUUGAGAUACCAAAAUUAAAAAUGAGCUCUUUCAAAUUUUUGAAGAGUGAAUUGAUGAAAACGGUAGGGAUGAAAAGCUCAAAACAAUGCUAAAUGAUUUGAAAAUGACCUCUCCCAAACCUAUAAAGGAAAUAACGAAUGAAUCUAGUAAAACCAUCACAGAUGAAUCAUACUAGGGUUUCUAGAUCACAAAAUAAUUUAAAUAAAGUUUUAACCAGAUUGAACUGUUUUA